UUUGAUGUUUAGGUUAAUUAGGAUGGAAAAAGAGGCCAGGUCUAUACUUUUAAAGUUAUUACUUUUGAAAAUUGAUGUUUAUUAAAAGUUACUUUUGAAAAUUAAUGAUGAUGAAUUCGCCACCCGGCCUGGCCGGAUUUAUUGUCUAUUUAUUAUUCUCAAGUUUUGUAGCUUGUCAUCAAUAAUCUCUUCGAUCACCUAAGCUGAAAAAAAAUGACGGCGGCGGGGUUUGAACUUGCGGGAAUGGCGGUGGCCAUGUUUUCGCUGCUGCGGCAGGUUCAUGGGCAGGAUGGAUGGAUCAAUGCCCGUGCCACAUUCUAUGGCGGGAGCGAUGCUACUGGAACAAUGGGGGGAGCGUGUGGAUAUGGAAACUUAUACAGCACAGGCUACGGGAUUCUUACUACCGCACUAAGCACCCCUCUGUUUAACAAUGGGCUGAGCUGUGGAGCCUGUUUCGAGGUCAAGUGUGUGGGUAAUGAGAAUUGCAAGUCAGGAUCCAUUAUUACUGUGACGGCCACAAACUUCUGCCCUCCUGGCAGCUGGUGUAGCCCUCCAAACCAGCACUUUGAUCUGUCUGAGCCUGCUUUCACACAGCUUGCACAAAGCCAGGUUGGAGUUGUUUCUGUUUCCUACAGAAGGGUACCGUGCGAGAGAAAGGGAGGCAUAAGGUUCACAAUCAACGGACACACAUACUUCAACCUGGUCCUGGUCACAAACGUUGGAGGGGCGGGUGACGUUCACGCUAUGUCCAUAAAAGGAUCAAAGACAGGUUGGAUUUCUAUGACAAGAAACUGGGGGCAGAACUGGCAGAGUAAUGCCAACCUCAACGGUCAAUCCCUCUCUUUCAAAGUCACUACCAGUGAUCGUCGAACUGUCAUCUCCUAUAACGCCGCUCCUGCUGGCUGGCAGUUCGGUCAGACCUACCAGGGCAGCCAGUUCUAGCUCUAGCUACCGGCUUCUGCUAUACAUGCCUGGAUACAUGGCCGACCUAUAUAUACUUUUAAUUAUACCAUACUUUAUUACUUAUAGCUGCCCCUCAGCUCACUAGCAAGGUGAACAUAUAUAUAUGUCAUUGGGCCGGCAAGGAGCUGAGCUAAGUAUGUAACGUAGUACAAUUCAAAUACACUACUCUAUAUUGCACUUUUAUUAAUUAUUACUAGGAAAUUGAUCAUGAGGCUAGCUAGCUUGCCCGUUUACUAAAAGCAUGCAAUAUUCUACGUUUCUCUUGAAAAUUGGAAAACUAGAGAAACUGAAUUGAAAUAGGAAAAUAUGUUCACUCG